AUGGCUGCACGAGUUUCUCGUCAACGUUAUGGAGGAGCACGGAGAAUGGGCAACGUUAUGGACACCUCGAGCGCGUUUGACACCGACGGCUCCGUGCUCCUUGUCUUUCACUCUGGCAACGGCGGCCCCGGUCUCCUCUUGUUUCACUACGGCCCCGACACACGUCUGUCUCCAUCUCACCGGCACCGGAUCUACGACAUGCUCUUUGAAAGCCUCCCUGUCGAUCUUAUCGCCGAAAUACUCGGUGAACUCGACUUGGAAUCGUUGAUCAAGAUGUCCAACCUCUCGAAGCGUUUCCAAUUGGUAGCUUCAGACGCCUCUCUGAAUCCAUGGAGAAGACCAAUAAUACGUAACCUGCGAACACACGCAUACGAGAAAGCUCUCAAACACCUAAGUGUUCGGACAUCCGUCCCGCGACAGAAUUGGGUUGAAAUAAUCUCAUUGGCUCGCCCUUCCUUCAUCCUUUUCGAGGCAACUCUACCUAAUUUGAAGGAAUCUGACUGGGAAGAGUGUUUCAGGCGACGCUUCCUACCAGGAUGGAGGAAAUGGCGGAAGGAUAGUCGGUGGAAGGAAGCCUUCCUGAAAAUGUUGCACAGAGUCUGGCACCGAAGUGUAACGAUGUGCACCGCUGACGAAGCUUGGACUAAGUAUAUUGUACUCAAUCGAAAUGGGUCGGCCAACGAACUCGAGGUGUCUUCGCGCAAUUAUAAUCCAUUUAAUGCUUUCAACGAAAUGAAGUUACAAAAUGACCUCUCCAACCUUGAGACACGGAUCAGGGUGGUGGUGGAAUUAGCUGACGUUCGUAUUUUGGCAUUCGGGACUCUCGCCAAGCCCCGCAGUCAUUUCCUUGUGAACCCGAACGCGCAUAUAUUUCUCAACCCUCCCGGAGUCUCUGACAAAGGGCAUGUUAAUUUCUUCUCAAAAAUGGCAGCCAAGCAGAAGGGAUUUAGUCUCAUUGACGAUCAUGGCGUCUAUCCCAUGUCGAAUGCAGCGAUUCCGGCUUACUUGUUCCGAGAAUACAGUAGCCCCACGACAUCGUACACGCGAAUGACGUACCCACAGCCGGCGCCUACGCACGCCAACUAUCCAUUUUUCACCCCUGGCGGAGGAGAUGCAAGAUGGAUCGAACAAGAUGAGAUUGAACAAGAGGGCCUACACUGGGUGGGUGCUAUGAUGAUUGUUGCACAACUCAUCUGUCCUGCAGAAGAAGAUGGAAACGGUGUAGGUCGGCACUUUGCAUCCUUCACCUGGAGUGAUUUGUGGGUUGUUUCGCCGUGGAUCGAAGAAAAAAUUACCAAGAAAAUCACUGGCGCUGGCUUGGGUAAUUGA